AUGGUAGGGUCCAGUGGUUCCUGUAAGGUCCUCAUCGGCCAGUAUUUCCCUACCGACCAAACUGUGAGUGUGGAAAUAAGCACGGCGUCCAACUGCACCCUCCAUAUCCUCCCAACUCUAUCGGACAAGGAGCCGCACACGACCGGCCUGCCAGUGGACGAGGCGGGUGAUCCGGAAACCAAGUCGCCUACCGAGAGCGCCGUGGAGCCUCCAACCUCGAUUCUUUCUCCUACAUCCGAGCCUACUUCAGUGUCAGAAAUGCCGGGCAUUGAGACCAUGAUCAGCGCGAACAUUUUCGCAGAGCCCAUCGACUCCGGGCCGCCACCCAGCAAUAUUGCGCAGAGGGACGACCACCCAGUACCCCGCGCCUACUGGUGCCGCGGCAUUCUUUACAACCCCGUUGGAAUCCAGUCGUUGAUCAUGAGCGCCAAGGAGCUCGGCCAGGGAACCACUCUUACCACGGACAGCAUCACGGCCAUGUCGGCGACUGUGCGCCUUCGACCCAGCGCAAACAGCGAGCCGGCCAUCUCCUUCCCAUUGGUCCAGGGAAUGGGGACCGUCAGCAAGGCGACGGAGAAUCCAAAGAUCAUCAACAAUGGCAAUGCUGAGGCCACGAGGCCGUUCUACGGCACCAUUCAGAUUGCUAAGGACAGCGGUGGUGCCGAAGGGGCUCUCGAUCAGGCUGCUGGAGUGUAUCCGGAGACAGUUCAGCUUUCGGGAUCGGUGGACGACACCACGGGCAGCUACAGCUUCACCUUUUUCCCCGCGGCCACAUCUCUGCGGAUGCAGACGACCACCAAAGGCAUAGCAACGGGCGUGUUCGGCACCAGCUGGACGAUGGUCGAGCCCCGUAUGCCUGUGCGCAUGGGGUUCGCACCUUACACGCCGGAAGGGGAGUCUCGAGUGAAGCUUUCGGAAGGGGCCAAGUCAGCGAUCCGCGCUGCCGCUCAGCAAGAGGUCUCGCAGAAUAUGAUUGAUCAAACCAACCUCGACUCCAUGUACUUUAGCGGCAAGGGGCUGGCCAAGUUUGCCAUGAUUCUCUACGUGAUCAACGACAUGUUGGAGGAUCGGGCGCUGGCCCAAGCCGGGCUCGAAAAGCUGAAGCAGGCCUUUGCGACGUUUGUGGAGAAUAGGCAACAGUACCCGCUCCUUUACGAACGCGCCUGGGGCGGAGUGGUUUCUUCGUCGACUUACACGACAGGCAAUAGCGGGAUGGACUUUGGCAACACGUACUAUAACGACCACCACUUCCACUGGGGCUACUUUGUCCUUGCGGGGCCAUCAUCGGGCAUCUAG